AUGCAGGUUCUGAACCUGAUUGUGUUGCUGCUCUUCACGCUGUGUGAAGCCGUGCUCGCAGCCAACGGCCCGGAAUGGCGCAGCAGAACGAUCUACCAGGUCGUCACGGAUCGAUUUGCGCUCACCAACGGCUCCACGACGACCGCCUGUGAUACCGGGCUUGGCUUGUACUGCGGUGGCACAUGGGCCGGUAUCACGCAGCGACUCGAUUACAUUCAGGACAUGGGCUUCGAUGCAGUUUGGAUCUCUCCGGUCACGAAGCAGCUCGACGGGAACUCAAUCGACGGUACCUCGUAUCAUGGGUAUUGGCAGACCAACAUUAACGAGGUCAAUUCCGCCUUUGGUUCCGAGGACGAUCUGCGGAACCUGGCUGCAGCACUCCACUCCCGGGGCAUGUACUUGAUGGUCGACAUUGUUGUCAACCACAUGGCGGCUCAUGGACCGCCAGAAGAUGUUGAUUACAGCGUGUUCACUCCCUUCAACGACCCCAGCCAAUACCACAGCUACUGCACGAUCGACUACACCGAUUACACGGAUGAUGCGAACAUCGAGCAGUGCUGGAUGGGAAGCACCAACGUGCCACUUCCGGAUCUCAGAACCGAGGACUCAGCCGUUGCUUCGCAAUGGAAUACAUGGAUUUCGAACCUCGUCUCCGACUACUCCAUCGAUGGGCUGCGUAUCGACUCCCUCAUGCAGGUCAACAGGAAUUUCUGGGGCAGUUUCAUGUCUGCCGCAGGUGUGUACGCGGUUGGCGAAGCGUACAUCAUCGACAAUGACUUCGUCUGUGGUUUCCAAGACUACGUCCCUGGUGUGAUGAACUACAUGAUAUACCAACCACUCGUCGAUGCGUUCAAGAGUACAUCAGGAAGUAUCUCAGGAUUGGUCGAUGCCGUCACUGUUCUCAAGGCCGGCGCAUGCAAGGAUACCUCUCUUCUUGGUACCUUUUCCGAGAACCAUGAUCAACCUCGUUUCGCCGCCCUGAACGGAGACAUGGCUUCGGCCAAGAAUGUCAUUGCCUUCACGAUGCUGACCGAUGGCAUCCCGAUCAUCUAUCAGGGUCAAGAGCAGCACUACAACGCGUUGGGUGGUAGCUCUACGCCAUUCAACCGUGAAGCGUUGUGGCUAUCCGGCUACAAUAAAGACGCAGAGCUGUACAAGCACGUCAAGACAAUGAACGCCAUCCGCAAGAAUGCCAUCUCUGACGACUCUUCCUACCUCUCCUAUCAGAACAACGCUGUAUGGAGCGACAGCAACAACAUCGCCAUGCGCAAAGGAAGCAUGCUCGCCGUUCUUACGAAUUCGGGAUCAGGAGCUGGUAAUACCACGCUCUCCAUACCUGCGGGCUACGAAGACGGCGUGCAAGUUACUGAGCUCCUGACCUGCACUACUGCCACCUCCAGCGACGGCAAUCUGUCGGUUCCCAUGUCUGGCGGCGCUCCGAGGAUUUACUACCCGUCUGUUGGCAUCGCUGGAGCGGGCCUAUGCGGUGCGAGCAAUACGACAUUAAAGUCGAAGCUCAAGCUGCGCAACUCGCGCCUCUUUCACCUCGAUUAUUAGAGCAUGAGGCUCACAGCACUUCUACUCCCCGGUCUCAGAACUUUGUAUUCAGUUGCAGUGGAAAAGGUCACGGCGAUCGGAUUUAUAU